CAUGGUGAAACUAACAACCCUGAAAAAGCAGGCGCCUCCAUUCAGAAAGGAACAAAGGAUUUUCGGGAAAGCCUGCAGCCUUCUCAAGUACCGGGAGGAGACCUAUCAAGAUAAGGUGGCACAGCAACUCACACCUUGGUUGCCACCUUCACAGACUAUCAAGCAACAUCAUCCAUAUCUCGAUCAUUCAUCAACCAUAAGGAUCUAUAGAAAUUGGACAUUAACAUAUGAACUGAGAAAAGAACUCUUUUCAGCCUGGUCGGGGAAACUCCUGAAUUUGUAUAGCUAGUCGGGAAACAAUGGGAAAUAUGGGGAAAUAUUGCCGAGAACAGAAUAAAGUGUAUAAAAACCAAACCCCGAACCGGGCAAAUUUGUGAACCGUUGGGGGAGAUAGCAGACUGCCAGGCUCUGUAUCUCACGGUUCACCCUUGGCAUUUUUCCAGGAAAAACUCUGUCAAGUUUCUCUGCUGUUGGUGGGUUUAUCGAAAUUCUGUGAUUCGAUCUUUAUUAAUAAACCAAAUUAUUAUUUUAAUUGGAAUAUCGUAUUGGCAUUUAUAACACCACCUACUGUGAAGAAAAUUAACGCCAUCGCUGUCAAAACCAGCACAACCUGCUACACUGCAUUUUCUGCUUCCCCAGAGAGUGUGUUCCAAGGGAAAAAUAAGCUAUUUUCUAUGUUGCUUUAACACCUUUUGGAAAUAAAGAAUCUCUCCACUGUCAUGUAAAGUAGGUUGGCUGGGCUCUGUUUCUCGAGUUUAUCCUCAUCUGUAAUUUCAUAUAAUCCAGCUGUGUGGGGAGGCGGCUGAAGAAAGACAUGGGAGAAAACCCAGUGAAAGAGUUAACAUUGUUAUCACAGCCGCACUGCGAAUCUGCCGUUCCGGACCUUUCCCGUUGUACCAGCCUGUGCAGUAAGAACAGUGUGAGCUCUGGGUGCUUGUCAAGAAGAGCCUUGUCCAGUGUCCGGCCAUUUGAGGCACAGGAGAGCCGGGAGUCGCCUGGCUCUGCGUUCUCCCGGAGCCCCGCGGAGCCGCCCCGGCGGGCGGGGCCGGGCGUGCGGGGGCCGGGCCAGGCGGCUCCGAGCUCGCCGCCGCCAUGCCCAAGGUGGUGUUGCGAUCCAUCGUGUGCUCCGACACCCGUGACCGCGAGGAGUAUGACGAUGGGGAGAAGCCACUGCACGUCUACUACUGUCUGUGCGGGCAGAUGGUGCUGGUGCUCGAUUGCCAGCUGGAGAAGCUGCCGAUGCGGCCGCGGGACCGCGCCCGCGUGAUGGACGUGGCCAAGCACGCCCAUAAGUUUUGCAACGCCGAGGAAGAGGAGAGCGUCUUCCUGCGCAGGUGUGGACUGCUGCUCUUUUAUCAACACCAACAGAAAAAUGCUCCUGUGAUGUUCAUUGUUGAUGGUGCUGUGGUCAAAUUUGGCCAGGGUUUUGGGAAAACCAUAUAUACUGAGAAACAAGAACCUCCUAAAAAGGUGAUGAUGACCAAACGGACCAAAGACAUGGGCAAGUUCAGUUCUGUCACAGUCUCCACAAUUGAUGAAGAGGAGGAGGAGAUUGAAGCAAGGGAGAUUGCAGACUUGUAUGCACAGAAUGCAAAAGUGAUUGAGAAACAGCUGGAACGCAAAGGCAUGAGCAAGAAAAGGCUACAAGACUUGGCUGAGUUGGAAGCCAAGAAAGCCAAGAUGAAGGGAACCCUGAUUGAUAACCAGUUCAAAUGAAAUGCCAUGUAUCUGCUGGGUAUUCAGAGACAGGAGAAAACUACCAAGAGCUAUCAUAAUUCUGUCAACAAAGCAGAAGUGACAGACAAUGUUCAAGAGUUGCACUGUGCUGCAACCAGCUUGGAGGAUGAGAACCUCUCUGUAUCCCUCUGUAUAAGUGAUACUCUGUGUUGUCGAACCCUGGAAAGACUGGGGACUAGAGUAACGUGAGACCAAACCAGUAUGGUUUCCAGCACGAACUCCGCUUUAUUCCGCGAGAUGGCCGGUUAAGUACAGAGCAGAUAGUUUACAGUAGCAGGUGCAUUGUGAUAGGCAGUGAGCAUGCAGAAGUAUGUAAGCAAUCUAGGAUUAAGGUGGCUACGGAGAUCUAGUGCCAUUACCUCCAUGCUGCGAGUGGCCAUACCUUAACACAUACCUAGCAGGAGAUAAGUUUAUCUGCUACUACGUAUGCGGAACGUUCUGCGGCCUACUAGGCCCAGGCCUGAGGCCUAGUUUGGCCUAGUCUGGAAUAGCUCAAAUGGUAUCUGUGAGCAUAUCAUGCCCACGAUACCUGAGAAACUCGGCCACAGUUCCCCCUUUUUCUUUUUGGGCUAUCCAAACUGACGUUAAGGCACGGUCAGCUAAUUUGCGCAUGCAUUGUAUCAAGCAAGGCACUAUUGUCAAAACUACUAUGACAGCAAUAAAGAUCAUUAUACCAAAACGAAUUAAA